CCACCAAAGACAUCGGCUAAAACUACCAAAAAGGAUCCUAAAGUUUCGAAGCCAAAGAAAGAUGGAGGUGGGAAGGCCAAGAAAAAGAAGUGGUCUAAAGGAAAGGUUAGGGAUAAGCUUAACAACAUGUGCUUGUUCGACCAAACUACGUACGACAAGUUUCUCAAAGAAAUCCCCCAAUGUCGCCUGAUUACUCCUUCUUCCGUGUCCGAAAGACUGAAGAUACGAGUUUCCUUGGCUCGUGCUGCUCUUAAUGAGAUGAAGAACCAAGGAGUCCUCAGGCAGAUAUCUAGUCACCAUGCUCAGCAGAUAUAUGUGUCUCAAAACCUUUGCGUGGAAACGCCAGAUUUGUUUCUCGUGCCUUAUGAACCUGGACACGUGAUGAAAUACCAUCAAUGGAUGGAGGUAGAGGAACUACGUCGUCAGACAGGUUCAGAGGCGCUUACUUUAGAGGAGGAAUACCAGCAGCAGCGAUUCUGGUUGGAGAAGGGUGAUAGAGUCACUUUCAUCCUGUUAGAGAAGUCGAGAUUCCCAAACCACAACUGUGACUCCUGCAAUUUGCCACUUACUGGUGAUUGUGGCUCGGCGGCCUCGUCGUUUGCAGGGGUUACCCGCGUCUCCAAGGUCUGUGAGGCCGAAGUUGCAGCUAUGAUUGGGGAUGUCAACUUUUACUUGAUCCCUGAUCCAGAAUUUGAGUUUUCUGAAGAAAUUUAUGAUGGUGAAGUCUCUGUUAUGAUAGCAGAACCGUCGUCUCGAGGUAAAGGUUUGGCCUCUCAGGCCCUAGCUGGGAUUCUACUUUAUGUUCAACGUUUUUUUGCGAAUCGUGUAGUUGCUAUUGUGGCAAAAGUCUCCCUUGAUAAUAUUCCAAGUUUAAAGUUCUUUAAAAAUAAACUUGGCUUUGUCGAACGGAAACACAACUUAUGCUUCAAUGAGGUCGAGCUUGUCUGUCCCAAACCUCCAAAUGAUGAAUCUGCCAUCUCUUUUGCCGCAUCUCAAGCCAUUAUGUCUUUUCAGAACUCUAAUAGAUCGUGGUCCUUUCUUAUUCAUCCUGUCACCGAGUGGAGAGCGCGCUUAUUCCACGGCCACGACGCUCAAGAUGAGGGUAAAAAAUGA